AUGUCCACGCCCUCCACGGCCACUGCAACCCACCCAACUCACCAGCAUUACGGUUAUCCUCAUUCCUCAUAUCAAGCGACGACCUCAUAUCCGGCCUCCACCACGACCACCGCCGCCGCCGCAGGGGCUCGCUUGCCGAACCCCUACGGUUACUCGGUACCUUCGCCCACGACCACAACCCUCCCUUACACCCAGCCCGCGCGAGUCCCUCCCGCGACCUCGACGCCCUCAGCCAUGGCUUCGAUGCCAAGUGCCUCCAGCGCCGCCCCGUCGCAGGGCUCCCGGCGCAAGAAACCCGAUUGGGGUGAAUUCUACAAGAAUGGUCUUCCCAAGGAGGUCAUUGUGAUCGAUGAUAGCCCCGGUCCCGAUGGCUCCAAGGCGACCGCGGCACCACCGCCGCCUCCUCUCCAUGGUGCCUCAACAUCGGCUGGUCAACCUUCGGUCUCAGAGCCUGCUGGCAAGAGGCGACGAACCGGAAUCGAUAGCGCCUACGACAUGGGUUACUAUGACCGACCGUCCUACUCCAUCAACCCCCAGCAAUACGGAGACAACCACCAACAACCACAACACCAACAGCACCAGCAACACCAGCAACAACAACACAACUCCUCCAACUCUCUCUCGACGGAUCGCACCACCUCCUUGCAUACCACUGCUCCUACGUCACUGGGUUCUCAGGGUAGCUCCAACGGUAGCGCCGGGAUGUACCACCCUCAAGAUCCCAGUAUCGGCCAAAAGCGCAAGCGAACCACCCGGAAGUCCGCCCGGGAUGAACAGAAGCGCCGGGAUCUCGAGACGGUCAGCGAUGCCUACCUCAGCUAUGUUCCCCCGCCCAAGCCUAUAAUCAAGUCGAAGGAUGUGCCGGUCCCCGUGGUUCGUGACUUUGCGGCCGCCCGACACGAAAAGUACGACGAUGACGAUGGUCAUUAUAUUGUCACUCCCGAUGUGCCAUUGACCGAUCGAUACUCAAUCAUCAAGCUCUUGGGUCAAGGCACCUUUGGUAAAGUUGUCGAAGCCUACGACAAGCAGCGGAAAUCACGUUGUGCCGUGAAGAUCAUUCGAUCAAUCCAAAAAUACCGAGAUGCCUCUCGGAUCGAGUUGCGCGUGCUGUCAACCUUGGCCUCCAACGACAAGAGCAACCGCAACAAAUGUAUACAUCUUCGAGACUGCUUUGAUUUCCGCAACCACAUCUGCAUCGUCACCGAUCUGCUUGGCCAGAGCGUUUUCGACUUCCUCAAAGGCAAUGGUUUCGUUCCAUUUCCCAGCAGUCAGAUCCAGCAAUUUGCCCGCCAAUUAUUCACUAGUGUGGCCUUCCUUCACGAUCUCAACCUCAUCCAUACCGAUCUCAAGCCCGAAAAUAUCCUCCUCGUCAGCAACGCCUACCAGACUUUUACCUACAACCGUACCAUCCCCUCCUCCUCCCACGCGAACCCUCGGAAUGCCCGGCAACGGCGUGUUCUUCUCGACAGCGAGAUUCGCCUGAUCGACUUUGGUUCCGCGACAUUUGACGACGAGUACCAUUCCUCCGUUGUUUCCACCCGUCACUAUCGAGCUCCCGAGAUCAUUCUGAACUUGGGAUGGAGUUUCCCUUGCGAUAUUUGGAGUAUUGGGUGUAUCCUGGUGGAGUUCUUCACCGGCGAUGCUCUUUUCCAGACGCACGACAACCUCGAACAUUUGGCUAUGAUGGAAUCCGUUAUUGGGACCAAAAUCGACUCGAGACUCGUGCGACAGGUCGUGCAAGGCCGAGCCGGUAGCCACAACUCGGCAGCCAAGUAUUUCAACCGAAGUAAGCUCGACUACCCGAACAAUGAGACGACUCGUGCUUCGAGGAAGUAUGUCAAAGCGAUGAAAGGCCUCACCGAUUUUAUUCCCACCAAUACGCCCUUCAACCGUCAAUUCCUUGACCUGCUGCAGCGCAUCUUUGUCUACGACCCCAAGAACCGUCUCACGGCGAAGGAGGCGCUAAAGCACCCUUGGUUUAAAGAGAGUCUGAUUGAUGACGGCACCGAAGCAUACCGCAUCGGCAUGGGCCUGCACCGCCAGGGCCGUGGGUAA